AAAAAUAUUUAUUUUUAAAAAAUAUGUAUUUAAAAAAUGUAAAAAUAGAUUUUAUAAAUAAUUAAAUGUGAAAAAAACGAAACAAGUUAGUAAGUCAAAAACUUACUUAGUUUACAUAAAUUCAAUUUUGUUACUUUUAUUUAAUAUUUUUGCAAUAACUUAAAUUUCUUUUAUUUUUAAUUUUUAUUUAUAUUUAUAAUUAAAACAUUUUUUAAUAUUUAAAAAACUUAAUUUUAAAUGUAAUUUAAAGAGAAAAUUAAACAGGUAGUUGUUUAAUUCUACUUUGAGUACAUUUGCACUUUUUAUAUUAUCUCCUUCUAACUAAGGGCUAGAUACAUACAUAUCUCAUUUUAAAUACAUAAAGUGCAAACAAAACGAACACGAACCUAUUCGUCUCCACCAACCACCAUUGCUGUUUACGUCGUUUGAACAAGUACCACACGUGUGUCAUCUGUUCUACGUCUAACGAGGAUUCGUUAAAUGUUUUCUUUGACGAAAUAUUAUUUACGUUAUUCUAUUUAUGUCACAUCUGUUUAUAGCCGUUACAUGCAAACUUUUUAUUGCAAAUAAUGUUUUCCAUCACUUUGGUGAAUAUUGAUAGUUACCAAGCAUCUCCUAUACCUGAGCUAGACGUAAUAUUUUCCGAGUUUCGUGGCUCUGAGGUGAAAAAAGUACCGGUAAUCAGAGCAUUCGGAUCAACCGCCACAGGCAAGAAAACAUGUCUACAUAUCCAUGGUGUGUUUCCAUACAUGUAUGUCCCAUGCACCGUCCAGGAAAAUACAGAUAGACACGCUUAUCAAUUAGCUGCGGCAAUUGAUUCUGCGCUGAAUACAUCUUUUGGUUCUGCUUUGUCUACCAAUCAACAUGUAUAUAAAAUUCAACGGGUAUCAGGAAUACCCUUCUAUGGUUAUCACCAAAAGGAACACUUGUUUUUUAAAGUAUAUUUUUAUAAUCCAGCCAUAAUUAAAAGGACUGCAGAUUUGCUACAGAAUGGUGUUAUUCUCAAUCAAACACUGCAGCCAUAUGAGGCACACAUUCCAUAUAUUCUACAAUUUAUGAUCGAUUAUAAUCUUUACGGCAUGAAUUUAAUAAAUUUAAAUAAUGUAAAGUACAGACCGCUAUCACAAAAAUGCACAUUGGAAGAUAGUCAAAACAGGUUUUCCAUGGAUCUCUCAGACUCACCAAUGUACCUACCAUCAUCUGUAACAAGGCAAAGUAUAUGUGACCUGGAAGUGGAUGUGCAUGCUUCAGAGAUUCUAAAUAGGCAAGGUGUUAAUGAAAAAUUAGAACUGAAUCCUGGUCUUGCUGCGAUAUGGGAAGAAGAGAAAGCUAGGAGGGCCGAAGUUGGUUUAGAAAAUGCAAAGUCACAAUUAUUGUAUCCUAAAACUCCUAGUAAAAUUACUCUACCUCCAACAAAGAAUGAUAUUUAUCAAGAGGAAAAAUUAUUAAUUAGACUGAACGCUAUAUCACAGAUCAGCGAGACAAUUACAUCAAAUGCGACAGCAUCUUCAUAUCCUAUUGAAGUAGAAGAUAAUGAAAAUACCUUAAAUGCAUCUCAUGUUCUAAACCACAACGAAUCUCUUGCAUCUGAAGAAAAUCUUGAGAAAACAGUUUCUGAUAAUUAUAAAUUAUCACAACUGGCAUCUUUAGCAUUUUUAGAGGCAACUCGAAGUCAAAGUAAUGUAACAGAUACUAGUAUUUUGGAUGCAGAUGAUAUACAACUGGUAGAAAUGUUAGCUGACUUAGCAGAAGAAAAUGACAUUGCGAGUAAUGUCGAUAAUGAUAGCGUUCUUGGGUCUCAAUAUUCUAUGUUCAGUGAACCAAUUAAAAAUGAUCAAGAGGAGGAGGAAGAAAUCGAGGAUUUAAAUAUCACAAGUUUAGAUCUAGACAAUUUAAAUUCUUGGGAAUCAGUGCAUAAUCAAAGAUCCGAUCAAUGUGAAAAUACAGUUACAGAUAAUAAUAAAGUUACAGAUAAUAAUCUAAAUGUCGAAUCUACAGAUUCAAAUGUUAAUGAAGAAAGUUUCGGAGAUAUCACACUCGUGAAUUUUCCACAAGUUGAUGGAGUCGAUGAUUUAUAUGAGUUAGAAUAUGAGAAAGAGACAAGUAGUUUAAACAGUAAAAAUAAUACAGCCUGUUGUAUGGAAGUUCAGUGUCUUCCUAAAAUAAUUAAAAAUUAUAAAAAUUAUAUUAUUAAUACGAAAAAAGAUUAUGCUAUAUAUUUUUUACAUAAAAAUUUAAAAGACAUUAAAUGUAUUGCAAGUAAUGUUAACAGAUGUUAUUUGGGAAAAGAAUUAUACAACUUUGUAAAUAAUUGCUAUUUUUAUAUAUUUUUGAAAACCAGCAAAAAUUUGUUGGGUACGAAUGUAUCUUCUUCCAUGGACUAUCUUCCAAAAGCCAUACAUUUGUAUGAUGACACAAGUGCUGUAAAAAAAUCUUGUUAUUUAAAAGAUUGUGAAAAAAGAAUUGUACAUAAUAAGAUAGAAAAAGAGUUAUAUAUUACUCGAUGUCAGUUACAACUGAAUUAUCGAGACUUGGAUGUUUAUGAUGUAGACGAGAUAGAAAGGUUUGAAGCUUUGGAACCCAACAGUUGUAUAGCAGAUUAUGGAAGAGACAAGUGUAAUUGUGAACAAGAUUCUGAAUCACAUGUUCAAGGAGUUUUUUUGAAUAGCAAUCACUUACAUUACGAACCAUGUAAUUUUUCGAUGAAGUUUACAUUAUCGAACGUCGACGGAGCUACAGCUACCGAUUCGAGUGACGCUGAAUCCGAAGCCGAUGUGACAAUCGACAAACAAGAGAAACGUAUAUGUACUUAUAAAUCUGGUAAAAAGAAUGCACUGCAAAAUAUAGUUCAAAUUACACCGAAGAAAAGAACGUUUGAUCUUCAAGACGACGAUUGCGAGUCUCCGAGUAAACGAAGAAACGUGAUUGCUAAAACGCCAAAGAGAAAAUAUAAUUCUCCAAACAAGGUGCCUCGAAGUCCCCAAACGUCGGGAAAUUACUCGCCUCUUAAUAUUACUAUUACAUCUCCUAAAUCCAGUAGAAGUCCUAUUCGACGAUGUGAAUCUCCAAAGAGAAAUCAAUGUGUGCCAAAAUCUGACAUUCCUUCUACUUCCGGUACACCAAAACGCAAGAUACAUCCAUUACGUGUGAGCUUGCUUCGUGAAAAAUAUUUAAACUCUGAUCUAGAAAAUAACGAUACUGACAUUAAUGAAAUAGAUACUGUCCAUAUCGCAAAAAUUAAUGAAAUGACAAUGGUCGACGAAUCAAUACAAAAUCACGAACAGAAAUCGAAGAAUAGUGAAAAUUCAUUGAUUGAAAAAAGUAAAGAGAUCCGUAAAAGAUUGUCUUUUUGGGAAGAAGAGGAUGCUUUUACAAAGUCAGAUCAUAACGCGAGCCAGUCUGAGACUUUAAUCGCAUCUGGAAGGAAAGAUCAAGAUACAAUUGCACUUGUUUCCAGCAAUGAAAAUAGUAACGAUAGCUUUCUAAACAGUCAAUGUACGGAAAAAAGUAAUAACGACACUUCUCCCGAAAGAAACUACGCAUCAGGUGUACAAAAUUUGGUGAAAAAAUCCAUAAAAUUUCACGAUGAUAUUAUUCCUGAAACUGACCUCGAUGAAGAUGAAGAAGACGUGUGCAACAUAACUUUUACCCAGCAUCUCAACCAAAAGAUAGAAAGCGAUAGUCAGAGUUCGUCGUUGGAACGGAGUUCUCGUCAUUCGUCAAGGAACACCAUAAUUACAAUUACUACAAAGUAUCAGCCUCCAAGCCCUGGAAGAAUUCUGGAAACCAUGACAAUGUAUGGCAUUCCGAAGUGUAGAUCACUAAAACCUUUUUUCAGCGAUAAACUCGAUCUCGCAAAACAAAAGGAAUCCUCUAACGCGAACGCUCCGUACUUCGAUGUGCCUGCGUUUAAAUCCAGCCUAGAAGAGGUUACAAGUAUUAAACUGUGGCGAAGAAUGAAGGUCAAUGAAUUUUAUCCCUCCGGAGCGAAUAUAAAAUCUUGCUACAUCAAACGGACACUUGCGGGAUACAACUCAUUAACAAUUAAACCGCUUAUAGAACCGCCGUCCUCUAAAGAUGUUAAAAAUUGGAUUAGGGCUAAAAAAUACAUAUCAGAAAAAAACUUAGCUGCUAAAUCAUGCAAAUCGAGUAAGGAAAAGAUGUUAAACGUACAAGAUGUACAGCAUCCGUCGAUUAGUGCCAUUAAUGAAAAGAAUAAAUCCCAGCCAGGACCAUCUAAUAAUUUAAAUAAUAAUGAUUCAAACGUAGAGGAACAUGCGCAUUCACCAAUGUCUCAACAAAGCGCGCUGAGCAGAACAUCAGACAAAACCAGAAAAGAGUUUACACAGAAUUCUGCUAAUUCGCAAAACAGUUCGGAGAACAGUUUAGAUUCUUCCUUAAAAAAAGCACUGGAAAAUCCAUUAUUACAUAAACAAGAUAAGUCGCAUUUGGGUGUUUCAUAUGGUCAAAUUGAAUGUUUGUCUAAAGGAAGUUGCAGUAACGUCUCGAAUGAGAAUCUUCAAAAAGUCAGAGCAAUAACAAUACAUCAGUAUUUAACAUUGCUGACUCUCGAGGUACAUGUCGUUACUCGAGAAGAGCUUCUCCCUGAUCCGCAGUAUGAUUCUAUCGCUGCAUUAUUUUAUGCGAUUUACAAUGACACUCCAACGGAUGCUAAUGAGCAGACAGAGCACGGUGCUAUAAUUGUAAAUUCUAACUCUAUAAGUGCAAGACUCAACAAGAUUCACUCUGCUAGCGCGAUGUGUCCAAUUUUAUACGUUGCAACGGAACAGGAUGCGUUUGAUGGUCUUGUAAAAUUGAUCGAACUACACAAUCCAGACAUUUUACUUGGCUGGGAAGUGGAGACGCUUUCAUGGGGCUAUGUUUUCCAGCGAGCGUUUCAUCUUAAGCUUAAUAACUUUUUAGUGAAAAUCUCGAAAGUUCCACACGUGCAGAUAUUUUCUAAAUCUGAUACUCACGCAUUUGAAAAGGAUGAUGCAGGUGAAAUAAAAGUACCCGGUCGUAUUAUCCUUAACGUCUGGAAGAUCAUGAGACAUGAAACAGCAUUAUUAACAUAUACUUUUGAAAACGUCAUGUAUCAUGUUUUACAUGAAAGAAUUCCGUGUCCUUCCUUCAAGGCGCUGUCCACUUGGUGGAAACAAGAGAGCAUGAUAGUAAAAAGCAGAGUUAUACGUCACUAUGUUAUCAGAGUUAUGGGUACUCUCAAACUUCUGACUCACUUGGAUAUUAUAGGUCGCACGUGUGAAUACGCCCGACUUUUCGGUAUACAAUUUUACGAGGUUUUUUCGCGAGGCUCGCAGUUUCGCGUCGAGUCUAUGAUGCUCAGAUUAGCGAAACCAAUGAAUUACAUUCCGAUCUCACCAUCCAUGCAUCAGAGAGCCAAGAUGCGCGCACCGGAGAGCCUGCCGUUGAUCAUGGAACCCGAGUCUGAAUUUUAUACCGAUCCCUUGGUCGUCCUUGAUUUUCAGAGUCUGUAUCCAAGUAUGAUCAUCGCUUAUAAUUACUGUUUCUCUACCUGUUUGGGAAGAAUAGAACACAUAGGCCAAUAUGGCCCGUUCGACUUUGGUGCUGCGACGUUAAGGAUAAGAAAGAACACCGCGUUAAAGUUGCAAGACAAAAUUAACUUUUCGCCUUGCGGCGUAGCCUUUGUAAAAAAAGAGGUCCGUCAGGGAAUACUACCGCGUAUGUUAUCGGAAAUUUUGAAUACGCGUCUGAUGGUGAAAGAGUCUAUGAAGCUACAUCCAGCAGAAAAUCAUGCAUUGCAACGCGCUCUUCAUUCUCGGCAAUUGGGUCUCAAACUAAUUGCAAAUGUUACUUACGGGUAUACUUCCGCCAACUUCAGUGGUAGAAUGCCGUGCAUCGAGGUAGGCGAUAGCGUAGUUAGCAAAGGACGAGAGACAUUGGAACGUGCGAUUAAGUUAGUGGAAACCACGCCGAAAUGGGGCGGCCGAGUAGUUUACGGAGACACAGACUCUUUAUUUGUAUUGCUACCUGGGAAAUCUCGUGAAGAGGCGUUUACUAUCGGCGAGGAGAUCGCGGAUGCUGUUACCGCGAUCAAUCCUCCACCCGUCAAGCUUAAAUUUGAGAAAGUUCUUCAUCCAUCCAUUUUGCAAACGAAGAAGCGAUAUUGCGGAUACAUGUAUGAAACGCGCGAUCAGGAAAAGCCCGAGUUCCUCGCGAAGGGAAUCGAGACGGUUCGCAGAGAUGGAUGUCCCGCAGUUUCUAAAAUACUCGAGAAAGCUCUUAAAAUCUUAUUCGAGACGAAGGAUGUUUCCCUGGUGAAGCAGUAUGUUAGCAGGCAGUUUGAUAAGAUCUUUCAGAGACGUGUGUCGAUUCUGGAUCUGACGUUCGCGAAGGAGUUUCGCGGGAUGCACGGAUACAAGGCCAAUGCUUGCGUGCCUGCGUUGGAGCUGACACGCAGAUUGAUCAGGAAGGAUCCGCGCGCUGUGCCGCGCACCAGCGAACGCGUUCGCUACGUCAUCAUCGCGGGUGCACCGAAUCAAGCGCUCAUCCAUUGCGUGCGUACACCGAUGGAAGUCAUCGCCAAUCCGUCAUUAAUUCCAAAUGCUGUAUACUAUAUAACAAAAGUUAUCAUACCACCUCUCAAUCGCUGCUUUAAUUUGUUCGGGAUCGAUGUCAAUGCGUGGUACAAAGAAAUCUCUCAUCGUUCAAAUUUUGAUAACAUUGCACACUUGAGAGGAGACAAUCCAAAAUCCACUAUUCGUCAAUUCUUCAGUUCCACGGCGUGCAUUACCUGCGGGGAACAGACCAAUAAAGAGAUUUGUCCAGAUUGCCUUCUGCAACCGAGUCGUACCGUUCUCGUGCUUCUUGAAAAAAUCAAGCAGCUGGAGAAAAACUAUCAACAAAUCGCUGCUAUCUGCCAUUCUUGUAUUGGACAAUUAGGUGAUAUAGAAUGCGCGUCUCUCGACUGUCCGGUUUUGUACCGACUGGCACAAGCUCGCAAAGAAGUUGCGCAAGCUUCUUACAUGAAUAGUAUUAUUUAUGGAAAUAAUUCUAGCGGAAUCAAGAAAUUAAAUGCCGUUGCUGAAUGGUACUGAUUACAAUAUAUAGAAAUGGACCCCUCGUCCAAAAUGGUAAAAAACUAGAUAUACUCUAGUUUUAAUUAGAAAUGUUUGUAAAAUGGUACUACUGUUAAUAUUAUUGUAAAUACUAUUAGCGUAUUAUUUUUAUGUAUUAUUUUUAUAAUCAAAAAUACAAAAUAUAUUACACUCUA